AUGGCUGAGGCAAAAAGGCAUCACGCCGCCUUUUGCUGCGUCGACAACGUUACAGAAUUUGGCGAACUGUCCGCCAAGUCGCCUGCACACUCUGAGUCUUUUGACGCAGCCGCAGCAUCCGCUCUCCACCCUUCCUACUGUGCCCUUCUGUUCCGCAAAGCAUCGCUCCUGCGAAAGAGUGAGCCUCUAAUCGUUCCGGGACGGAUUCAAUCCAGGCCGUUCACUCUCCUGGACUACCAACUCCCUCACCUAGCAGGGCUGAGGGAAUUUAAGACUGGGAAGGCGAAGGAGAAACAAAGACAGAGGAGGGAGGAGGCAGUUGGGAGCAACGGGCACAACCUCAGCCAUGGCGAGUCCGAAUGUGCAGCAGGGGAUGCAGCAGCAACGAUGGCAGCAGCAGCAACGAGUGCAGCAGCAGUGGAUGCAGCGUCGCUGGACGCAUUUGUGCACGAGAACGACAACCUACAGGCCGAGAUCAGCGCGCUGGAGGACAAAAUCUGCGAGCUGCGGGCGCGCCUUCUCCGCCCGGGCCUCUUAAACCCAAGCACACACGCCGCUGACACGCCCCCACAUGCGCCUGCUGCGUCCACAUCCGCGGAGGCUGUGGCUGAAGGUGCCGUUGCGAGUGGUUCCAGUGGCGAGGUGGGUGUGCUGGAAGCAUUGAGCCGAAGUGCUUCCAAGACUUCAACCCUGGAUGACGCGCUGUUGCUAGAUGCCGUGUUUGCAGAACCCCUGCUGCCACCACAACCGUUGCCGCCACAGCCGCUCAUGGCGGAGCCAGCGCCGGCAGACUCCGCGCCGGCAGUGACGGUGGUUGCUGAUUAUUCGCCGGCUGCACCUGAUUCGCCGCCUGCACCUGAUUCGCCGCCUGCACCUGAUUCGCCGCCUGCACCUGAUUCGCCGGCUGCGCUCCCCAUGCGGUCUGCAAGGACCAGUGGCAAGCGACCGCGAUCGCCGUUAUUGGUGCUCCCGGAUGGGCAGAAUCGGCAUGGUGCUUAUCAUCAGCACGAGCACGACGCGCAUAAAUCGUAUGUGCGGCAUGGCUACCGCGGGCAUGAGGACGGGCAGGGCACCCCGUCACCUACCGCGCUUACUGCCUGCCCCUCCCCGUGCUCCCCGCGCCCCGGUCGCAUCAGCCCUCCCAGCCUUGCGUCCCUUGACCUGCGCUGCGUUGCCCUCACGCCCCAGGCAAGCCCCCAGAUUACUGCUCUGGACUCGUCCCUGCAGCAUCACAAUCACGUGCACACGCAGCACCACUCGACCUGGCAGGUCGGCGGUUCCCACGCGCCUGAGGCAAGCCCCCAGGUUACUGCUCUCAACUCGUCCCUGCGGCAGCAUCACGUGCACCUGCAGCAGCAGGUUGGCGGUACCCAGACGCCCCAUGCACGCCCUGACAGUGCCGAGGAGUUUUUCAUCAAACAACAUGUGCACCAGCAAUAUCUGCACCAGCAAUACCUGCCCCAGCAGCACCUGCCCCAGCAGCACCUGCCCCAGCAGCACCUGCCCCAGCAGCUCCUGCCCCAGCAGCUCCUGCCCCAGCAAAACCCAUUCCAGCAAAACACACCUCAGGAGCACCCACCCGAGCAGAACCCGUCCCUGCAAAACCCACCUCAGAUUCACGUGCCUCAGCAGUUCCUACACCAGCAGAACCUACCCCACCAGCACUUGGCUCGCAUGUGCCUGGACCAGAUGCGGCAGCAGAAGCAGGAAGCGUCUCUGAAGAAGGAGCAGUCACCAGUCGCUGAGGCCUGCUCGCCCCGCUUCCUGCCUCCCCGCAGGCCAUCUCUCUCUCGUCAGUCCUUGUCCGUGGGCUCUCCUCUCUCCCGCUGCUCUUCCUGGGAAGCGGGCAGCGGAGGCAAGGACUCCACCACGUGCUUUGCUCUGGCGAAGCAGCUGAACGAGGAUGUGAAGAGUCUGGAGAAACUGAUCUCUGCUGCGGUGGCGCGCUGUUAUAGGCCGAGGCACGCGGCGCGGCACUGGCUGGAGUACCUGGCAGGGGGGCUGUGUGGCGUGGCGGUGGGCUCAUGGGUGGUGCGGCACAGCCGAGUCAAUGGCUGUGAUGACCUCGACAGGUGGGCUGCAGAUGGGUGGAGAGCGGUGACAGGGUUUGUCACAGACCACAUAUGGCAGCCGCUGUCAGCAAUCAGUGCAGAACUCUUCCACACGUUCAGCGACCAGCAGAGAGGCAACGUGUCCAUGCACGAUGUGCAGGCUUCCACUGAUUCCCUGCGGAGGCUUCCUCUGAUUCCCUGCGGAGUCCCCUGCUCAUACCGUCACCACUCCCUGUAUCUGCCUCUUUGCCUCUUUGCCUUCGAAACCGCCAUGUUAGAGUUGGAACAGAUACUGAAAGCAAAUCAGAUCAACUUUGCACUCCUCACCGCCCUGCCCGCCCUGUUGCUGCUCUCCGGCCUCUUCUCCCUCUCCCAUGACUUUUCCGUCUCAAGGGCUCGGGGAGUGGAAGGAAAAGGUCGGGUGGCGCAGACAAGACGACGGAUGCUACUCGCUGACGUGGAGCGACACGUGUUUCUGCGUAACCACCUGAGGGUCUCACCAUCGUCCAAGGCGUUACCACCAGCCCAAUUAUUGGAAUCCACGUCAGCAGUGCCCUCCACGUCAGCAGCAGCACCACAUUCAGGAUCAAUGCCAGCAUCGGCUCCCACACCCAGCUCAGCACCAUGUGAUGAUGUGGCAACAUCAGUGGAUGACGUGGCAUCAGUGGAUGACGUGGCAGCGUGGCACGGCAUGUUGGUGUAUCUGCUGCAUCGGCUGUACGUGGCUGUACAACAACAGGCCAGCAAGGAGGGCGAGUGGUCACGCCUGCAGCAGGACAUACUCGAUAUAGCAAGCCCCCAUAUGGACAUGCAAGGCCGGCAGCUACUAGCAGCACGUAUGGCUGCCAUAUACGACUGCCUAGUGCCACUCGCCAAGUGA